GUAUGAAGACAGCCAUGCCUCAGCGUGAACAGGAUGACCACUACCAAACACAACAACACGACGGCGGCUCAGAGUCCCGCCCAGCGACCCACUACAGGAACACCGGGGAGGGGAAGGCCGCAGGAGGAGGAGGCGACCCUUGCAAGAUUGUGCAGAAGGAUGGUAUGACGUGUAAGGUGUGUAAGGAUGAGGAGGGCGGCUUCUCUGAGCAUUGUUCCCACAGCACCAGGCAAGGUAAGGACUCCACCUACGCCAACAGCCGUCGAGGGAGUCACAACCAGCAGGGCCCUGACGUUCACCCCUCGGGGCACAAGUCCAAGCGUAGUGAGACUCGCUCCAGCCCCGUCUACGUUCCCAGCAGCGGUUCUUCUGUCACCUCAGCGUCAUCACUCUACACCAAGAACUCUUAUCAGCCCCAUGAUGAUGAUGACUUCUAUGGCCAGUUCUCCUCCCCAGCGUCGGCUCAGCACUCCCAGCACCAUAACCAGCCGGGUGUCCAAAGCCGGAUGGACGACGUGUACACCCGCCACAGUGGCCUGAAGGACUUCGGCAAGGAGGGGGAAUACGAUCCUUUCCCUGAUGGUUCAGAGUACGACCCCUACAUUGAUGUCAAAGGAGCAGAGUCAAGGUAUGAGAGCUUUGACGCUGGCUACGACGACCACCACGACGACCACCACGACGACCACCACGACGACCACCACGAUGAUUUAGGCCUACACGACCCCCAGUUCGAGUCCCACCACGACCACGACGACGGACACGACCACCAGAAGUCCCCAUCAGAGAAGAAAGACAGCUUCCAUGGGUUAGAUCACCAGGACACUUCAUGCCCAGUUGACCAAGAUGAUGACUCAGUAGAGAAGAAGGGAAUGGUGUGCUACGUGUGUGAGGACCCUGCUGGCAUGGCUGACGAAGAGUGCAUGUAUGCCGCCCACCAACCUGACGGCCACAACAUCAUGUACUCAGAGGAGAUGACUUAUGGUUCCUCCACCACUACUCCCUAG